GUUGAGUAGAGUGCGAUCACUGUCCUUACCCAUUUUGUUGCACUUUUUGUGCUCUAUAAGGCUUUGUCUUCCCUCGACACUCGAAGGUGUUCUUUCUUUAUGGUUUACCUCGGCCGCUCCAUAGGGCCGGAACUUUUGUUCACGCUCACGCUCAUAUAAAUAUUUAUACAAUCUAUAAAAAUGUAUAGGGGCUUUAUCGAGCUGCGUUCGGUAGAUGGUUCACAAUGAGCAUACCAAGGCCAGCUUAUUUUUCCAUAUAAGGACACACGAUGGCGCCAAAGGCGGAUGGCAAGGGUAGAUUGGACCCUAGAGCCAGGGGACAAGUGCCCCAGGUACCCCAGGUGUCCUUCCUCGACCGCGCGUUUCCAAUAUGGCAGGAGCCUAUAAAGGAUGAGAAAGAGUCGUCAGACGGACGCGUCGCCACAGCCGAGAAGUACGAGGAUGUGGCGGGGCUGGUGCUGCCGCCCGAGUCGCAGGUGUUCCUGGACACCUGGAAGCGGCCCGAGGACCUGGUCCUCAACUUUCCCGACGUGCCCAUGGUGCUCACGCUGCCGUCGCCCAACGCGCCCGCGGAGCCGCUUGGCGCCAAGAGCGGCAGCGCGGCCGGCAAGGGCGCUCCUGUGGUGCUGAGCCGGGACCUGGACGGCACGCUGUUUGCGGGGCACCGCACGUUUGAGUGGCUGCAGGCGGUGUUCAUCAUGGUCAUCUCGGCGCAGAAGGCCGUGAAGCCCGGGGAGUACCUGUGGGAGCUCAUCUACCCCAAGGACCCCAAGGACGGCCAGACCACCAAGGCGCCCAACGGGAAGUACAAGAUCAAGCUGUUCAUCAUGGACGCCUGGCGCACCGUGGUGGUGGACGACCGCAUCCCCGUCGACCUCUUCGGCCGCCCGCUGCUGGUCAACGCGCGCCCCAUCCAGCUCUGGCCGCUGCUGCUGGCCAAGGCGGUGCUCAAGGUGCUGGCGGCGCAGCGCAUCCUGCACUGCGGCCUGCCGCACCAGGCAGCCGCCUUCCAGCUGCUCACCGGCUGGCCGCAGGAGGACCUGCUGGACCCGCUGUCAGGCACUCGGCUGUCAGGCGGCCGCGCCUUCGACCGGCUAGAGGAGUCGGUGCGCGGCAACGAUGAGCGCACGGAGCGGCAUGCAGUGGCGGCGGUCACGCUGGUGCGCCGGGCGUUGCCGGAGCGCCCGCCGCCGCGGCUGAUCGUGUUGGUGGGGCCGUCGGGCGUGGGGCGGGGGGCGCUGCUGCGGCGGCUGGUGGCCGAGCUGCCGGACAAGUUCGGCAUGACGGUGUCGCACACUACCCGGCCGCCCAGGGAGCACGAGGUGGCGGGGCAGGACUAUUUCUUCGCGGAGCUGUCCUCGUUCCGAGAGGAGGCGCUGGCGGGGAAGCUGCUGGAGCAUGCGCCGGUGGCGUCCACGCGGGGGGUGCACCUGUACGGCACGAGCUUUGCGACGGUACGGGAGGUGGCGGCGACGGGGAAGCUGUGUCUGAUGGGGCUGGACGUGCAGGGGGUGCGCAGCCUGCGGUCUAACAAGCGGAUUGACGGGCUGUACGUCUUUGUGGCGCCGCCGUCGCUGGAGGAGCUGGAGCGGCGGCAGCGGGGGCGGCUGAAGGAGGCGGAGACCACCAUCUCCAAACGCCUGGCGUGGGCGGCGAACGAGGUGGAGCGGGUGCGCGCGGCCGCCGGGGUAAUCGACUGUGUGGUGGAUAACGUGGAUGAUGGCGAGGCGGUGUACGUGGACGUGAAGGAGGCGAUCUCCACGCUGUCGCCCAUCAUCCGCAACCGGCUGCAUGGGCUGCCGGCGUACGUGCUGGACUACGCGGACCUGAUUGCGCCCAACCUGGUAGAGAAGCCCUUCCUCAAGCCCGUCAUCAUUACUGGACCUAACACGGGCGAGCGGCGCGCCCUCAUGGAGCAGCUGGUGCACGAGUUCCCCGACGUGUUCGCCUACCCGCGCUACACCACCACCAAGCCCUACCACGAGGACGCGCUGUACCGGGUGGAUGCGGCGGAGCGGCCGCCGGAGCAGCCGGCCUGGGAGGUGAUCAAGAGCAAGGACGGGGAGGACGUGCACGUGUCGCGACCCACGUUCACCUCCGUGUCGGCGGCAGAGUUCGCUGCCUCUGCCCAGUCGGGCUCCUUCCUGGAGUGGCACACGGAGCUAUUCAAGCACUCGCUGGUGGCGCGCAACUGGGGCGUGACGGCGGAGGCGAUCAAGGAGGUGAUCCGCGAGGGGCGGCUGCCGCUGCUGGAGUGCGAGACGGAGGGCGCGGAGAUGCUGAAGAAGCGCGGCAUCGACUGCCUCACCAUCUUCCUCAAGCCGCCCAGCAUCGGGGUGUUUGAGGCCCGCCUCCGCCAGCACCUCACCGAGACCGACCAGGAAAUCGCCGCCCGCAUCGACAUGGCCCGCCGCGAGGUGGAGGCCGCCGCCGCACCCGGCGCGCCCUUCGACGCCACCAUCGUCAUCGACGACCCGGAAGCCGCCUACCAGCAGCUCACCCGCCUCAUCAGCCGCUGCCGCCCCGACAUCAUCGUGCCCGAGGAGGAGCGCCAGGCCGACCCGCCGCCGCCGCCCAAGCAGCCCGUGCUGGUGCUCUGCGGCCCCGCUGCCGGCGGCCGCUCCGCGCUCGCGCGACAGCUCAUCAGCACCUUCCCAGACAAGUUCACCGCGCCGGGCUUUGUCACGGACCGCAAGCCGGGUAAGGGCGAGGUGUCUACCCCGGCACUGACGUUCAUGGCGAGUAAGGACUUGAUGAAGCUGGUGGCGGAGGGGCAGGUGGCGUACCAGCGGCAGGGGGAGGACAAGGCGUCCGGCACCACCGCGGUGACAAACAACGCGCUGCUGCGGGUGGGCGGGGAGAACAAGGUGGCGGUGCUGGAGCUGCCGGACUACGUGACGGCACUGCCGGGGCUGCGGAAUGGCCCCGUGCUGAAAGACGCGCUGUACGUGUUCGUUGCCAGCGCGGGGCAGAUGCGGGAGGCGCUGGGGGCGCAGCAGCAGCAGGCGGCGCAGGCGCAGCAGACGCUGGUGCGCAGCAAGAGCGCCAAGGGCACUGGCGGCGGAGGUGUGGGCACACCCAAGGCGGCCACUCCGCUGGAUGUGGAGGGAGCGCUGGCGGACCUGGAGCAGCAGGCGCAGAUCGCCUCCUCCUCCUCCGAACUGUACGACGCUGUCGUACGCGCCGACGACAUGAUGGACCUCAUCAGUGUCGUACGCACCUCCCUGGCCGCCCACGUGCCCCACGUGGUGCCGCCGCCCUACCGCCCCCUCGUGGUGGCGGGCGCCUUCGGCACCGGCAAGCGCAAGUUGCUUGCUCGUCUCUUCGACGCCCUGCCAGGCCGCUUCGCCGUGCCGCUCAUCACCACCACCCGCCGCGCCGGCCCCAACGACCCCGACCAGCAGCGCGAGGGCAUGCUGGUGGUCAGCCGGGAGGAGGCUGCCGCCAUUUCCGCCGCGGAGGGCUUCAUGACGUACCGAGAGGUGCUUGGGGAGGUGUACGGCAUCACGGUGGCGGCGGUCAAGAAGGUCGCCGCCAGCGGCCGGGUGCCGAUUGUGGAGGUGGAUCACGUGGAGGAUGCGGCGGCGCUGCGGCGGCGGGGCUUCGAGGCGACCUACCUCUUCAUCGGCAUGGAGGACAUGGGCAAGCUGCUGGGCGUGAUCCACGAGGAGCUCUCCUCCAACCCGCCGCUGGGCUACGAGCUGCAGGACGCCGUGAAUCAGUUCUUCGCGGCUGCCAAGACGGAGAUGCUGGCCUCGCAUGAGGCGGGGCUGUUUGAUGAGUGGGUGCACCACGUCCCCGACGCGCCCGAUCCAUCCUUCAUCCGCCUGGCGGAGGCCGUGCAUCGGCACUACCCGGACGUGGUGACGCGGCACUUUGUGUGGGGCUACGGGCGGCAGCUGUGGGACCCCUCCGUGCGGGCGCAUGGGCUGCGGCCGCUGCGUGUGAUGGUGCUGGGGCCCGCUGGGUCGGGCAAGAGCACGCAGUGCGACAUGCUGGCUGCGCACUUUGGCAUGCCGCACAUCAACGUGGGUGAGCUGAUGUAUGAGGAGGUACGGAAGCGCACGCCGCUGGGGCUGGAGGCCAAGCAGUUCAUGGAUGCCAGCAAGACAGUGCCGGACAGGUUCUUCUUCGAGCUGCUGAGUCGGCGCCUGUCUGAGCCCGACUGCGUGGCCCGCGGCUGGCUGCUGGACGGCUUCCCGCACACGGCAGAGCAGUGCGCGGAGCUGGAGGCGAGGGGGAUCGUGCCUGACAAGGUGUUGUUCCUGGAGGGCGAGCACGCCACGCUGCUGGACCGCACGCGCCACCGGCGGCUGGACCCCGCCACCGGCAAGGUCUACCACAUGCCCGACGACAACUCCGACGCGCUCAGCCCGCCCAUCCGCCCGGAGAGACCCGACGGCAGCCUGGAUGCAGAGGUGGCGGCCAGGCUGGUUCCCCGCCACGACGACAGCGAGGAGAACGUGUGCGCCCGCCUGGCGCUGGCUGACACGCACCACACGGCGCUGCGGGACGCGUACGAGGACGUGUCGCUGCGCAUCGGCUGCACCGCCGACCCGCGUCAGAUCUUCCAGCAGGCGCUGGAGUACCUCACGCUGGAGGCCAGGGUGCCGGAGCUGCAGGUCGUUCCCUCCACCUCGCUCAAGGAGCUGCAGUACCUGGUGACCACCACGCUGCGCUACCGCCGCCGCCAGCUGCUGCUGCUGCAGCAGGACGACGGGCGCACCUACUGGGUGGACGCCAAGGAGGUGCUGGGCGCCAAUGCGCACUGCGCGCUGCUGUGCCAGGACCCCUCCCUCUACUCCACCUCCCACCAGCUGCGCCGGGUGGACACCGGCAAGCUCUCCCGCGUGGCGCUCCUCUACGUCGACUCGCCCGAGCCGGUGCGCCUGCUGGCCUCGCUCUUCACCGGCCCGCAGUACGGGCUGCUGGAGGACCCGCCCACGCCGCGCAACGUGCUGGUGCUGGCAGGCCCCGCGGCCGUGGGCAAGACCACGGUGCUGCGCAUGCUGCUGAGCGCGCUGGGGGGGCAGCUGGAGCUGGUGCCGGUGCUCACCACGCGGCCGCCGCUGCGGCGUGAGCCCGCGGCGCAGGUGAUGCUGCAGCCCGCGCUGCCGGACGGGACGAGCAGCGAGAUGGCGCAGGGGCUGAGUGGACUGGGGCCGUGCGGGCGGGAGGCGAUCGCGACGGCGUGCUGUGUGCCGGAGGAGGUCAUGGCAGCCGCGGCGGCGGCGGAGCAGCUGAUGGUGUCGUGUGUGGGUUGGGAUGGGCACCGCUAUGCGGUGUCUCGUGCGGCGCUGCAGGAGGUGUGGGCGGCGGGGAAGCUGCCGGUGCUGGAGGGCCCUCUGGAGCUGGCGCUGGCGCUCAAGGAGCUGAGUCCGCAGCGGAUGACGUCACCGCCGCCGUCGCAGCCCGCGCUGCCGAUGUUGUCGUUGAGUGGCGGCGAGGCGGGCUUUGGUGGUGUGGAUGCGUCGGGGAGCGGCGGCGCGGUGCUGAGUGCGCGUGUGGUGUACCUGUCCGUGGACAUAGCGGAGCUGGACGUGCGGUUGCGGCUGCAGGACCAGCGAGAGGAGGCAGCCAUCGGGGUGUGCUUGCAAGCCGCGCAACGCGAGGCCGAGACGCUGCAACGCCUGACCAAGGAAGCCGAGGCGCCGCCCAAGCCCACGUCGCGGCUUUCCACACCGCAGAUGCAGCGCUCUGCGCCCACGCCGCCGCCGCCUCCACCGCUCGUCCUGGACCUCAUCCUCAUCGCCACGGACGCCGUGUUCACCUUCCACGCCGCCAAACAACUCGCAGCGGACAGCUGGCGGCGGCCGCGCGCGCAGGUGGCGGGGCAGCUCCUGCUGGAGUCCUUCGACUGGCGCGCGCCGGGCGGCCGGCCGGGCCGCACCGUGCAGCGGCUGCGCACCCUCAUGGCCAACGCGGCGCUGCUGGAGCUGCCCCGCGGGCGGCACCUGCUGCGCAUCAACUCCGACUCGCUGUUCCUGCACGCCGUUACCUUCAUGUCCGCCAGCCCCUGCACCGUGGGCGAGUACAGCCAGGUGAUGCCGCUGUGCGAGCCGGGGGUGCAUGUGGCGGCGCUGGAGGGGCGCUACCCCGACGUGCCGCCCGACUGCGUGGGCCUGAUGUUCCGCUACAACCUGGCGCUGCCGGAGCCGGCGACCGUGUCGGCGCACCUGGCGGUCAAUGGCGAGGACAUGCGGUCCGUGUCGCGGCUGCUGCUGGUCAACCGCAGCACCGGGGAGACCAAGCUGCUGCCCAGCAACCGCCUGCAUGCAACCGAGCUGAGUCCCGCCGGCGCCAGCAGCGGCGUCGGCGUGGGUGGCAGCAGCGGGGGUGCGCUUAGCAGCGGCGGUGCCGGUGCCGGUGGCGGCGGUAGCGGUUACUGCCUGUUGGCGCUGUACGACACGGCUGCACGGCCGGUGCUGGAGGAGGGCAGCUUCUGUCUGACGGUGACGUCCACCGCGCCGCUGUCGGGGCCGCUGGUGGAGGUCCCCGCGCAGCGCUGCGAGGAGUUCGUGGAGGGCUACCGGCCCAACGCGCGGCACGUGCUGGGGCGCCACAUCAUCACCACCACCAACUCCUGCCAGGUGACCAUCCUGGCUGCCACGGAGCCCCGCCUGCCCUUCCGCAUCACCCUGCAGGAGGCGGCGCCGGGGCGGGAGGUCACCUGGCACUCCAGCGCGGACUACCCCGUGCAUGUGACGGCGCGGAGUAAUGACGGCGGGCCGCCGGAUCCCACCACGGGGCCCGCCGUGGCGCCGGAGGGCUACGCGCUCAUCGCCGACACCACCAUCCGACCCGGAAAAGUCCUCAUCACGUGCACGCUGGAUGCGGGUGCGUGUCCGGAGGGCAUGCAGCCCGACCCGCAGACGGGCGCCAUGCCGGGCAAUACCCCCGUGCAGCUCAAGCUGUGGGUGCACCCCUCGGCGGAUGAGAAGACCUGCACGGUGCUGCCGGACAACAGCCUGACCAAGUACGUGCAGGGCGUGUACGAGAAGUGGAACACGGUCCCCAUCCAGCUCAUUGCGCAGCCGGCGCCGGGCACGGCGGCGGGCUCCAAGGGCGCCAAGGCCGCCGCCGCCGCAGCGGCGGCGACUGCCUCCGCGGCCAUGGUGGCGGCGAGCGCCAGCGCCAAGAACUUCAUCGGCAGCCGCUCCUCCGUGGCCGCCAACAUGCUGGAGCGCUACCGCGCCGACCAGCAAGACGGCCUGCAGCGGGGCUCCGCGGGGGGUACGGCGGGGACGGGCGACGGCGCCGUCACGUCGGCUUCACCGGUACCCGGUCCCACGGAUGCGGUGACACGGGUGCUCAAGGACGGAAGCGUGCUAACAAUGGACCCGGGGCCGCAGGUGCGGGUGCUGCACACGCAGCCUGAGGCGAUGUUGACGGCGGCGCAGCUGGCGGAGCGGCAAGCUAGCGCGACGGAGGCUGCAGCGGCGGAGGGUGCGGCGCGGCUGGCGAGUGUGGGCAAGGCGUUGGAGGCGAGCAAGGGCGAGAGGGCGAGCUUCCGUUCGAGGCAGGCGAGUAGCUUUGCGGAGUGGCGUGCGUCGUUGAUGCGGGCGCAGCGGGAGGCGGCGUCUAAACGGGCGGAGGCGGCGCAUGUUGCGAAGAUAGCUGCGGGGGUGGUGCCGGCGCCGCCUGAGCCACUGCCGACGAAACGCUCGGUUACUUCUGGGUCUAUGGCGUAGGUCUGAGUUGGAUAGUAGGAUUGCAUGAGGGUCACAAAGAUGAUGGAGGAGGUGCAGCUGUUCAGCGAGCGUUCAUUCGGCCUUGUGGUACAGGGGCAGCAGAAGCUGGAUGAGCUCUGCGUUGGUUGGUUGCUUUGGCAAGCGCUGCCUAAGCUGACAGGUGCUGUGGAACUUCCAAUUGUACAUACGACUGGACAUGCUGACGUAAGGGUACGACACGCAUCCUAGUUCGUUACUCGCCCGAUUGGUACCUAGCCCCGUUUGUGCCGUAAAGACAUGGCGUAUUCGUGCUUCAACGCGAGCAAUGGUAAGAGACGUGGCGCUACCGCUAGGUUGGCUGCCAUAUUAAUUGGAGGCUUGCAACCGCCGCCAGAAACCUCUCUGCUGGCAAUUCAAUCGACGCUAUACAUAUGCAAGGCUUCCACCACAGCUUUCCGUUUGCUGAGGUCUGUAUCAUGAGGCAAAUGUGUAUCUGUGUUCCAAACACCCUACGGAUGGCAACAGUCCACUGAGCAACGUC